GAUACGGAGCUCCUUCUGCACACCUUUGCGCACGCGUUGGCAGCCGCAGUGCCGGCAGAUGCCAUGCUGCCAUCUGCGGAGCAGGUCUUCGAAGCGGCCGCGGAGGUCAUGCGGAUUGCGAAGGGUGGCUACAGCGUUGUGCUGCUCAUUACAGGAGCUUUGCACACAUCACGUGAGCACCAGUUGAGGAUUGCCUGA